AUGUUCACCAAAUCGACUUUGUUGAUGGGAGCGACCACCCUCGGUAUGAUGGGUUUCGUGAAUGCUCAAUCGACAAGUCAACCUGAUUGGGCUGCUCUGUCUGAUAAGGUACUAAACGCACUGAUAUCCGAACAAUGUCAGACAGCUGUGAAAAAUACUUUUUCAGCUGAAUCGGAAUUAGGUCAAUGUCAAUUCUAUGAAGCUUUGAUUGAAAUCACCGACGAUGCCUCGCUCGAUUCAUAUCUCACUACCUCGUGCGCUGCCGAUCCAUGUACAGAUGAAUCCCUUACCAACGCUGCCAAUACCAUUUGGACUGGCUGUCAAACCGAGUUGGGAUAUUUGGGAAUCACAAGGGAUAUAGUUUAUGAGGUAUUUGGAAGUUAUUCGGUUCAAAGGGAGAUAUCAUGUUUGAGGAAGGACGAUCAAUACUGCUUAAUUUACCUCUCACAAAACCUCAACUCUUCUUCUUCAGAACUUCAUGCCGAAAUUGAAUCCAUCGAUCUAUCUAACACGACAUUCGACCAAGUUGGUCAAGUCGUUCAAGGUGAAUUCCAAGAUUUAGCGAAAGCUUAUCUAUGUAACAAAUGUUCAAUCGCCUCGAUCGAUCUGAUCCUUGUACAAUAUCCUGAAUUGGCCUCGGUUGACUUUGGAGAGGGAAAGGAUAUUGUUGAUUAUACGAAUGGUUUCUGUGCGGAAGAAGGUUUGAGUGUAUCUACUGACGGUACUCUCCCCGAUGGAAUCACCAAGACAGCCCAUAACUCGAAUUUCCCACACGAAAUCGGACUUGCCAAACGAAUCUUGAGUCGAAAUAUCGGUGCUCUCAAGUCGAGAUUCAUGAAAUUGCUUUAA